GAUGAAAUAAAAAGCUCUGAUCAUAAUGAAAAUAAAUGAAAUGUCCGAUCCUGAUCGGACAAAGGAGUCCGAUUCCGAUCGAGUCCCCAACCACGUGAUCGGAUCGGGACAUCCCUAAUUUUAAUACAAGUGUCUGGUAUGUCGGGAUUAAAAUGGUGCAACUUUACGGGCGUAAUAUAAGUCCUAAACAGCCAUUUGUACUGUUCCUUGUGGGUUGGGCAGAUUUUACUGUCACAACAGGGAUUUAUUGAGUAUAAACCCCUGUUGUAUUUCAUACUAAACUUUAUUUAUAUUGAUUAUGUUUUGUUUUUGUUUAUUUAUUUAUUUGUCUUUGUUGUUGGACCGGACGGAAAAAAGGAAAAGGGUGGGGGAGGGGUGGACUCAGACUAGACCACCAGGCUGAGGUUCCCCGCCCCCCCCACCAGGGAUGGGGGCGGGGACAGAAGGUUGAAGGAACUGCAGCAUUUGGUAACUUCUGGUCUCUUCAUAUCUGGGAGGAUUUUCUUGUACUCAGCUCCUGGUACAAUGUUCACAGUGGAUCGGUGGUCAUAUGGCCCCGCCCCCAGGUGCGAAUGAAAACCUGAGCGGGGCGGGGCAUCUUUGGAAAUGAGGGUUCUGCUGGAGGGGGCCAUCUGCAGGAGGGGGUGUCUAGUUGCAAUGCUUAGGCCAUACAUUAUUUUUUCACAGGUUGACACAUCACUCAUGUUGUGUAAAAUGUAAAAAAAAGUAAUAAAAAGUUUGACAUAAUCAAUGACCUCUCUUGGCGUUGCCCCCCUUCUUAGCGGAUGCUGUCACUGUCUAAGCUAGAUGUGUGUGUAGAGGUCUGUCUGUUUUAUUUACAUUCAGUUGCUUGGAACAAAAAAGCAAAAUAAAAUCCUUGAUAAAUACAAUGCAGGAAUCUGCUCAGAUCAAAAACAACAAUGAGGCUUUUCUAAUCGCUAGGUUGUAGUUAAAAUAAAAGUCAAACUGUUACAAGCGCGUCACAAACGCAAACAAACGUCUUUCAUUAAAUAAAACAGAAAGCAAUGAAUUUAUUUGGUGCAAAAUUAUAUCUAAGCUAUGCUUUUGCCCCCCCCCCCACACUUUUGGCUUUUGGUAGGAAAAGAUUCAUUUAACUGGCAAUCAAGUUUUUUUCCCCUUUUUUUAAAUCCUGAACAACAGAAAUCUGUUCACCUGUGAGGAUCUACCAUGCAGUUCCAGCAACACUCAGCUGUGGUGUAGUGGUUAGCACAUCUACCCCCCAUGAAAAUAAAAAACAUUUCAUUUCAAAACAGUUGUAACUCUUCCUGCAGGAAAUAAAAACAUGGAUUCUUCUUCUGGUUUUCUCUGUUUCUGAGACUUUCUGUCUGCAGAACUGCUUCCUCUGAGCUGCAGAGGAGAUUACCCAGAAUGCACUGCAGUCAGGUGAUCUCUUAUGCAAGAGUGGGAGGAGCCGCUCUGCUCAGGUGAACCAGGUGUAUGAUUACAGACAAAAACCCGGAAACUUUAGCUUUCAGAGACACGACUCCAUUUUCUAGACGGAACCAGGAACCAGGUGAGUCUGAAAGUUCUGCAGGGACGGAACGCCAGAACCAGAACCGGAUCAAGGACACAACACUUAUCUCUCGGUCGAUCUCCUGUUUGCUCGAUGAAGAUGAGUUCUUCAGAGAACGAUGUGAUGUUGGAUUCUCCAGAACCGUGCGUGGAGAUGGACCGGUCCAGAUCAGAACCUGCAGGCUCGGAGGGUCCUCCUGAAGCUUCAGACUCAGAACAGCAGCUCCCUCCAGAGGACCAGCCGGCAGCAUCCUCCAACAGCGAGGCCUCUGAAGAUCUACAGAGGAAGAGGAGGGCUGUGCUGACGGAGGAGCGGCCGUCCUGCUGCGCUUUGUGUCAGGACGUCCUGAAGGAUCCGCUCUGUCUUAGUUGUGGACAUUGGUUCUGCAGACGCUGCAUCACCUCCCACCGGCGGCAGUCCGCCGCGGCUCGCCGCUCCUGCUUCCAGUGUGCUGCAGAAUCCGACAGUGGAGCCGGAAUCCAGACGUGGGAUCACAGCGGAAGAAUCCACUCCGAGUGUUGGGAGACCCUGAAGCUGGUUCUGAGGAACUUCAUGGAUGUCUUUAACUUGAUUCCUGAGGACCAGAUCUUCUUAAAAGACAUUUUCAUAGAUCUCCACGUCUCAGAGGCCAGAAAUGAGCAUCAGCGCAAAGAAGCUGGAGCCUCAUCCAGAAAAAAACCCAAGCUGCGAAGAAGUAUCCAAAUGGAGGACGUCCUGAAGCCCGGAAGGGACACAUCAGCCAGAAUUGUUCUGACCAAAGGAGCUCCUGGUGUCGGAAAGAGCAUAUUAACUCAGAAGUUCACGCUGGACUGGGCCGGGCGCAGAGACACUGAGGACAUCCACUUUGUGUUUCCAUUUAAGUUCAAAAUGCUAAACAAGCAGAAGGAUCUGAAACGGAACUUUGUGGACCUCCUCCACGACACCUUUGGGGACAUCAAAGAUUCUGGAAUCACCACCUUCGACGAAUUUCGGAUUUUGCUUAUCUUGGACGGCCUGGACGAGUGUCAGCUUCCCCUGGACUUCAAAAAGAACGAGACGCUGAGCGACGUCUGCGUGGAGACCUCGCUGGACGUUCUGCUGACAAACCUGAUCAAGGGGAACCUGCUUCCUUUGGCCCAGAUCUGGAUCACCACUCGACCUGCAGCAGCCGCUCGGAUCCCUGCCAAGUUUGUUGGGUUGGUGACGGAGAUCAGAGGGUUCUCGGACGCCAACAAGGAGGCCUACUUCCGGAAGAGGAUCAAGAAUAAGGAGCAGGCCAGCAGGGUCAUCUCCCAUGUGAGGGCCUAUGAAAGUCUCUACAGGAUGUGUCACCUCCCAAACUUCUGCCGCAUCACGGUUAAGGUACUGGAGGACAAGAUGAAGACCGGAGAGGAAGAGGAGUUUCCCAAGAACAUUGGGGACAUGUACAUCAACUUUCUGUUGCUUCAGAGCAAACGCAACCGCCAGAAGUAUCCAGACAAGGCUGAGAAGUAUCCGGACAUGAAGAAGGUCAUCCAGGUUCUGGGUAAACUGGCCUUUGAGCAGCUGCAGAAGGGGCACCUGAUCUUCUACGCCUCCCACAUGGUGGAGUACGGCAUCAGCGUCAAAGACGCCCCUCUGUUCUCGGACGUUUUAACAAACAUCUCCAGAAAGAGGAAAGCUGCGUGUAGGGACCCCGCCUACUGCUUCAUCCGCCUGAGGACCCAGGAGUUCCUGGCUGCAGUUUAUGUCUUCAACUCUUACCGUGGCAGAAAGACGGAGAUGCUGCAGGACCUCCAGGAGCAUCUCAGGGAUGGGGAACACCCGAGCGAGUCUCCUCGGGAUGCUUUUGUGAGCAAAGCCCUACUGGCCCCCCUGCAGAGCAAAAAUAGACAUCUGGACCUCUUUGUUUGCUUCCUUCAUGGCCUGUCUGUGCAGUUCAUCCAGAACUUCCUCAAAAGCUUGAUCGGUCGCCCAGACGCCAAAUCCGAAGUCAUCUUGACCGCCCUCAACCACCUGAAAAAGAUGAGCUACCAGAACUUGCUUUCUGACCAGAGCCUCAGCAUCUACCACACUCUCAUGCACGUGAAGGAGCUGUCGCUGCCGCAGCACAUCCAGCGCUUCCUCAAGCUGGAGAGUAAGUCAGAGAAGGAGCUCCUGGAGGUCCACGUCCCGCUGCUGAUCCACAUGAUGCACGCCUCCGAAGACGAGCUGUACCUGAAGAAGUACAACGUCACCAAAAGGACUCACCAGAGGCUGAAGAGAACCACGGUGGAGGUGGUGGUGAGGGUGUGCACCUGAAGUCUGGGUCCUGCUGGGGAGGUCAAGUCCUACAGUCAUGAGGAGAUCAGAGCAAAACCAGGACAGGAACCCUGCUAGAACCAGAUGUACUGUGUUCUGCGAAGGACAGCGCCACCAUGUGGCGAGCCCGGCGUCUUCCAGCUGCAGAUGCACAGCUCUCACUGUAUGAGAAUGUCUGAAUAAAGAGACGUGGACAGAG